UGCUCUGCUACCCACUUCUCCCCGCCUUUUUCUCUAAGAGGAGGAAACCGCUGCUGCAGUCUGGCAGCUUCCUCCCAGCCACUUUCAAAAUUGCAGGGUGGCUGUCACCAUCACCCUGAGGGCCUUAUACUGCCCUUCUAGAGAAGGACCCUAGCAGAUCUUGUCCGCAUGGGGCUGGUAAAGCAUCAGGUGGCUGCCUUCCUCCUUUUCAUCCUCAUGGGUAUGGGUGCUGGCCAACGUGUGGUGACUAUCCAAAAAGGACCACUCUACCGAGUACUUGGCUCCCACAUGACACUGUGGUGCAAGGUGAGCGGCUACCAGGGCCCAGCAGAGCAGACCUUCCAGUGGUCCAUCUACCAGCCCUCAGCUCCGGAACGAGAGGUACAGAUAGUCAGCACUGCCGACCCAUCCUUCCCCUACGCCAUCUACACCCAGCGGGUGCGCGCCCAGGAGAUCUACGUGGAGCGGGUACAGGGGGAUGAGGUGCUGCUGCACAUCACGGAGCUGCAGGACCAAGAUGCUGGGGAGUAUGAGUGCCACACGCCCAACACUGAUGAGAGGUACUUUGGGAGCUACAGUGCCAAGACAAACCUGACAGUGAUCACAGAUACCCUCUCAAUUUCCAUGGCGCCCCAGGAGCUCACCCACGCUGAGGGGGAUGCCAUUGAGCUCACCUGCGAGGUGUCCAGAUCCACUGCCCAGCACACACACCUCUCUGUUGGUUGGUACCGCCUCCGGGGAGAGCACCGGGCUGAGAUCCUCACCCUCUCCAAGGACUUUGUCGUGAUGCCGGGGCCUGCUUAUGCACAGAGGUUUCUGGCCGGGAGUGUGCGGUUGGACAAGAUUGGGAGCACCUCAUACAAGCUCUCCAUUGUGGCGGUGGAGCCGUCUGACCAGGGGCAGCUGUACUGCGAGGCAGCCGAGUGGAUCGAGGACCCCGAUGGGACGUGGAAGGACAUAUCCCGCAAACAGUCAGAGAGGACAUCGCUGGUGGUCACUCCCCAGGACCGAGAUCUCCAUGUGGGCAUUGCUGCCACCAAGAGUGACCUUUCUGAAGGGGACACCCUGCGGCUCAAUUGCACGCUGGAAACGCAGAGGAGUGACAGCAGGCACUUCCAGGUGGCUUGGCUCCUCAACAGCACUGAGGUGGCCAGGAUUGACCCCCGUGGGUUGCUGGUUUGGAAGAAGGAAUAUGAGGAGAGAGCCAGUCUGGGGCAGCUCCAUGCAUUCAAGCAAAGCAAUGCAGUUUACAUCCUCACUAUCCAUGAGGUGGGGCUGGAGGACAGUGGGACCUACCACUGCUCUGUUUUGGAGGUGAAGGCUCCUGAGGACUUCCGGAGCAUCCAAACCAACCUGUCAUCAGCUCUCAGAAUUGGUGUGAAGCCUAUAGGUCUCGGACUGCAUGCCACACUGAAAAGCAGACCAGCCACUGUCAGUUACACUCAGAGCUUUGAGCUUGUCUGCCAUGUGAGCUCCAGCCACCCAGUUGAGGAGCUGCUACUGUCUGUGGGGUGGCUUUUCCAGUCCAAGCCACCCACCAAUGGCUACCAAGAGCUGGUGCAUGUCCUUCCUGACGGCACUGUGUCCUGGGGACCGGCACAGCCCCACUUCCAGGGCAGAGCCCAGCUGAUGAAGUCAGGUGCUUUCUCCUGGCUGCACAUCCACAGUGCAAUGGCUGUCCAUGAAGGGAUGUACCAGUGCAAAGUGGGAGUCUGGAGGACGCUUCAAGGGCAGCCCACUGACUCCUUCACCUCCAAUGCUGUGGGGAUAAAGGUUGUCCCACCAGAAAGCAAGCUGAGGGUGGCUACGAGGGAGAGCUCCAUGGAGGUGGCUGGUGGUGACGAUGCAAGGAUCGAUUGUAGAGUGGAGUUCCCCCUAAAUAACUCUCAGCUGGCUGUCAGCUGGUAUUACCUUCCUCCUUCUCCUCCAGCGGAUGCCAUCCCCCUGCAGAUUGUGCAGGCCAGCCACAGUGGCCUGCUGGAGUACGGGGCUGAGUUCAGCUCCCCUGCACAGAAGUCUCGGUUCCUGAGUCAGAGGGUGUCCAGCCAUUUGUUCCAGCUGUGGAUUCUCUCGGUCAGCCCCGGGGACCAGGGCCAGUACUGUUGUGCAGUGGAGGAAUGGCGCUGGCUGGAUAGUGGCUGGCACAGCCUUGGAAAGCAGUGGUCGGGGAGAACCAGGCUGCUGCUCAGGCUGCCAGAGAGUGAACUGCACCUGGAGAAGACCAACCACAGCAUCUUGGCCAGGCAUGGCCAGGAGGUGACACUGGGCUGCCUGCUGAAGAGCACCCUCCUGCCUGCUGCCCGCCUUUCAGCCACCUGGUUUCAUAGGAAAAACGAUGGCCAUGAGAGGCCCCUGCUCACCCUGAAGCACGAUGGUGCCAUUGAGUCCCUGCAGGAGGGGCUGGUGGGGAGGCUGCAGCUUCAACGGCCCACGGCUGGUGACCUCAGCCUGACGCUGGGCAGUGUGCAAGAGGAUGAUGCUGGGACAUAUCACUGCUUGGUGCAGGAAUGGCGGCAGCGAGGCAACGAGGAUAAGUGGGAGCUGCAGGCCUGGGCACUCUCGGGGUACACCCAGCUCAGCACCACCACACCAGAGGCAACAGUCAUGUCUAGGAUCUGUUCAUCUCCAUCAUUGCUGAACUUCAUCCUAUUCUUACCUUUGGUUGCGAUCCUUCUCCUGGCCCUCGCUGGCACCUGCUGGUGCUUCAUCUCCAGGAAAAGAAAAAAGAGCACCAUUAGUGGAGACCAGCUGAUGGAACUGCAAGGGGCUGAGGGGAUCAAGCAAGCUUAGAUGGAUCAUAAUGGAAGAUGUAUCUUGAAGGAGAAGAACUGGAUGUCUGAGAGGACUGAGUGCUUGAAGAGGGGUGGCUUCUUGUUUUGCUGUAGCUUUUGCAAGGAUUACUUGAAAAUGUGUGUUUACUUUUAGUGGAACAAAGCAGCUCUGAAUUACCGAG